AUGGAUGGGAACACUAGAGGAGGUGGACAUUCUGAAGCAUUGAAGAGCUACAAUCUGGGCAAAACAUUAGGUGCAGGCACAUUUGGAAAAGUGAUGAUUGCAGAGCAUAAACUUACAGGACGCAAAGUUGCUAUAAAGAUUCUGAACCGUCAUAAAAUGAAAACUAUGGAAAUGGAAGAGAAAGCAAAUAGAGAAAUCAAGAUAUUGAGGUUGUUCAUUGACUUCACUCACCCUCAUAUCAUCCGGAUUUAUGAGGUCAUUGAAACACCAAAGGAUAUAUUUGUUGUGAUGGAAUAUUGCCAGAAUGGCGAGCUAUUGGAAUACAUUGUUGACAAAAGGCAGUUACAGGAAGAUGAGGCUCGUCGAAUCUUCCAGCAGAUUAUAUCUGGUGUUGAAUACUGCCACAGAAACAUGGUUGUUCAUCGUGAUCUAAAGCCAGAAAACCUGUUGCUUGAUUCCAAAUAUAAUGUGAAACUUGCUGACUUUGGGUUAAGCAAUGUGAUGCAUGAUGGCCAUUUUCUCAAGACUAGCUGCAGGACUCCAAACUAUGCUGCACCAGAGGUUAUCUCAGGUGAAUUGUACGCUGGACCUGAGGUUGACGUCUGGAGCUGUGGGGUGAUACUUUAUGCUCUUCUUUGUGGUGCUGUUCCAUUUGAUGAUGACAACAUUCCCAAACUGUUCGAAAAGAUAAAGGGAGGUUUCUAUAUCCUUCCAAAUCAUUUAUCAGAUCUUGCAAUGGAUUUGAUCGCAAGAAUGCUUAUUGUUGAUCCCAUGAAGAGAAUCACAAUCCGUGAAAUUCGAGACCACCCAUGGUUUCAGAAUCGUCUUCCACGCUACCUGGCAGUGCCACCACCAAACACGACACAACAAGCCAAAAUGAUUGACGUAGGUACACUUCAAGAUGUUGUCAAUCUGGGAUAUGAUAAAGAUCAUGUGUGUGAAUCGCUGUGCAAUAGGCUGAAAAAUGAGGAAACUGUUGCAUAUUACUUGCUCUUGGGCAAUCGGUUCUGGGCUGCUAGUGGCUAUUUGGGUGCUGACUAUCAACAAGCAUUGGAUAGGAGUUUUAAUCAGUUUACUCUAUCGGAAUCAGCAAGCCCAAGUACCAGGAAUUAUCUUCCAGGAAGUAAUGAUUCUCAAGGCAGUGGCUUGCGGCCAUAUUACCGCGUUGAAAGAAAAUGGGCUCUUGGGCUCCAGCUUUACAAGACCAGGGAUGACAAGUACCUGCUAGAUAUGCAUAGAGUUAGUGGACCUCAGCUCCUCUUCCUGGAAUUUUGUGCGGCCUUACUUACCAACCUUAGGGUUCUAUGGCUACUUCCUAUUUUGGUUGAGUGGUGA